AUGAAGCUGACAGACAACGUGCUGCACAGCUUCCGGGUGGCAACGAUUUUCCGCGAGAACUCCGAUAAGAUCAACUGCUUUGACUUCAGUCCUGGUGGGCAGACAGUUAUUUCCAGCUGCGACGACGACUCCAUCAUGCUGUACGACUGCCAGGAGGGCAAGCCCAAGAGGACGCUGUACAGCAAGAAGUACUGUGUAGAUCUCAUCCGAUACACACAUGCAGCAAAUACCGUGGUUUAUAGCUCCAACAAAAUUAAUGAUACCAUCCGGUACCUCUCUCUUCAUGAUAAUAAAUAUAGCCGUUAUUUCCCAGGCCACAAUAAAAAAGCUGUUGCGUUAUCUAUGUCUCCGGUGAACAAUGCGUUUAUUUCUGGGUCUUUGAAUAAAAUUAUCCGCCUGUGGGACCUCCGGUCUCCCAACUGUCAGGGUCUGAUGCACUUACAGGGGAAGCUAGUGUGUUCAUUUGAUCCAAAGGGUCUUAUUUUUGCUGCAGGAGUUAAUUCCGAAAUGGUGAAUCUGUAUGAUCUUCGCUCUUUUGAUAAGGGUCUGUUUGCCACCUUUAAGAUGAACUAUGACCGCACCUGCGAAUGGACGUCACUCAAAUUUAGCAACGAUGGAAAAUUAAUUCUUCUCUCUACCAAUGGCGGAUUCCUGAGGCUGGUUGAUGUGUUUAAAGGGGCCGUGCUACACACCUUUGGGGGUUAUAACAACAGUAAAACAUUCACACUAGAAGCUUCUUUCACCCCGGAUUCUCAGGUCAUUAUGAUCGGGUCAGAAGAUGGCAAGAUCCAUGUAUGGAAUGGAGAGAGCAGCAUGAAAGUGGCCGUACUGGAUGGCAAGCACACCAGACCCAUCACCUGCUUACAGUUCAAUCCCAAGUUCAUGACCUUUGCAUUGCAUUGGGGAAGCAGUAGGGAGAUGAACAAUGAGGAGGAGGCACUUAACUAG